UCACAAAGCUCUUCUCUCUUUUUUGAUCAUCAAGAUGGCGGUACAAUGUACCUGACUCUGCAUAUGAAAGAGCAGUCAUUCCUCUCAAAAUUUUACGCUCCCCCCGUCAGCAAACAGGAUGACUAGUAAAUGUUCGAAGCAUGAUACCUCCGGCUUUAAGGACAACUUUAACUUGCGUGCUGGCCUUCUUCUUAUAUCUGAAGCUGGUGUACUGUCUUUCAUUCUGGCGUCUUCCCUCCUCGUUCACUCUCUGAGACAAGUGUACAAGAACUAUCGUGGCAGGAACAGCACAUCAGGCCCCAGCACUGAGCCUUGGCUACAGCCCAUCUCAAUCUUGUUCUUGUGUGCUAUUUUCCUAGAUGUGAUCUAUGCGGUAUCGAAUAUUCUGUCUAUCAGGUGGGCCCUCUCAGGUGAAGUCAUCGAGGGUUCGUACUGUACGACCCAGGCGGUCUUGAAGCAAAUCGGGGGUAACGGCGUGGCGUGGUUUACCAUGGCCAUUGCAAUAUUGACGUACCUUCAAGUGGUCCAUUGGAGCUGGUUCGGCGAAAGUGGUGCAAAAGUUUUUGCAGCAGGAUCUAUUUGCUUCAUCAUCAUAUUCAUCAUCAUGAUCAUUCUGGUUCCUGCUUCGACUGUUCAUCCAUAUUAUGGUAAAUCCGGGUUGUGGUGCUGGAUCGGUGUUGGUAAGGGUACCAGCCGCCAGAGGUUACGAUAUGCAACCCAAUAUGCCUGGGAAUGGCUAGCGGUGUUGGUUUCCAUUGUCUCGUAUGGUGCGGUAGCAUACAAGUGGCUACGUCAGGCAUCUUCCGGUGCUGACUACGACCUUAAACGAGUCGCGAUUGCCAUGGGAUGGUAUCCAAUUGCUUAUUGUGUCGUUAUUGCCCCUAUAUCUGUGGUUCGUUUCCGCCAGUUCAAUGGGUAUCAUCCAACUGCUGCUGAGCAGAUAUUCCCUGCUGCCCUUCUUGCUUCAUGGGGGGCCAUCAAUGCCAUUCUAUGGUUUUUGACCGGCAGACGUUUCGGAUUCUCGUCCAAGAAAAAGGACGACUACCCUAGCGUUCCCUUUCCGGGUUCGCAGCUUGUUCUCUGACGAAACUGAGAUGACUGCUCAAGCAACUUCUAUUAGAACAGGCAAUGUAGUUUACCAUGACCGAUUUGAAACUGUUCCGAUCUUCCCUUAAACGUGGGGAGAGCCCCCUAGGAGUAGUGAGCAUCGGGGUUAAAUUCAAUCCUCAUAGUUCAAGUUGCCUCCCAGUCCCAGUGGAGACCGCCUCGGACUUUUGCCUGUAUGUUCACGGUCCAUU